UCUCUCUCUCUCUCUCUCUCUCUCUCUCUCUCUUUCCUCCCAUUCCUCCCGCAGUAAUCUCUCUUCCACAACAAACCGGUGCUCAGUGUGUUCACGCAUCCCUGAUAACCGCACACGAGUCUUUCAUCCUCUCUCAUCAUCGCAUCUCUCUUCAGAUGGCAGUCAUGGGAUUUUACUUUUGAAACAGAAACAGAAAAACAGGGCUAGUAAAAGGAUGAGACGUGUCGCUGUGCUGGAUGAAGAUGUUUGAAUCCUGGCUGGUUUGAAAGCGCUUUUUUCUCCCAUCUUUUCUUUUAUCUUUUUUGACGGCGUUUGGAAAUUAAAAUAGUGAUCAAUAAUGUUCACGUUCGCUGCCUUCUGUUACAUGCUUUCUCUGGUCCUUUGUGCAUCUCUCAUCUUCUUCGCCAUCUGGCAUAUUACAGCCUUUGAUGAGCUCCAUGCAGACUUCAGAGUGCCGAUUGAUCAGGGAAACCCAUUCCACGCACGUGAAAGACUUCGGAACAUUGAGAGAAUAUGCUGUCUGCUCCGAAAGCUGGUGCUUCCAGAGUAUUCAAUCCAUGGUCUCUUCUGUAUCAUGUUCAUGUGUGCUCAGGAGUGGCUAACUGUGGGCCUGAACAUCCCGCUGCUUUUCUACAACACAUGGAGGUACUUCCACAGUCCUACAGACACCAAGGAGCUGCUUUAUGACCCUGCAAGUGUCAUGAAUGAUGAUACGCUCAAGUUUUGUCAGAAAGAGGCUUGGUGCAAGAUGUCUUUCUUCGUGCUUUCCUUCUUCUAUUAUCUCUACUGUUUGAUCUACAAUUUGGUGACCUCAUAACAGAGUUCUUGACACAGAAGAAAAUACUGGGAUAUCAGAGACUGUUUUCUCAAACAUGUAGCAUUCGUCUAAUCACUGGAGUUAACCAUCAGAUUCUGCCUACAGAAGCACCUGGUAUUAUACACAUGUAAUAAAGCACACACGUAAUUCACAUCGCACAGACUGACUCAGAUCUCAUCACAUCCCUUAUCAUAUCUGGGGUAAAUAUGAGAUCCGUACAGGUGAUAAGGGAAAUUAUGACGAGCCUCAGCAGAUAGUGGAUUUUGACCAGAUCAGUGUGUUUGUAAAAUGUAAAAACAAAAAAAAAAAGUUUUCAUAUAAAACACAUACUGUACGUUUUAUCUUCUGUGUAUCGCACAAUUUGUGUAAUGAGAUGUUUUUUGCUGUCGGUUAGUUGUUUUAAAAAGAUAAAUGUGAA